GUCCUCCGGGAAGACUCGCGCCUUUUGCUUCGCUUUCGACGCCUAUUGUCUCGCGCGCUGGGACUUUUUGCGGUGAAGCGUGGGAGGCGGGGCCUGGACAUAAAUGCGCAGCAGCUGAAGGGGAAGCUGCGAGUUUACCGAGGUUCUCCUUCCGCCGUCCGUAUGUGUGGAGAGCAGUCUGCUACCGCUGGGAGGAAAAUGUCUUGUGGGCUGAGGAAAGAGACCCUCGCUCUGGCAGAGGACUACCUGAGUCUGAGCUGCUCGAGCCCGUGGCCAGCCCCCGCACCUCCCAGCGAGGCAGCCGCUGCCAUGAGACGCGCGGCCCGGGACAUGGAGAGCCAGCACCAGGCUCGCUUCCUCUCCCUGGCUCAGACCUUCCUGAAGCAGUGCGGGCCGGACCCCUGCCCCAGCCUCAGGAGGGUGAUGGAGGAGCUGGUGGGCGACGGACACUUGAACUGGGGGAGGGUUGUUUCCCUUUUCACCUUUACCGGGGUGCUGGCCAGACUGAUGCUGGAGCAGAAGAGCUUGAAGCCGGGGCUGGACCUCGGGAAGGGGCAGGAACUAGCGCAGGGGACCGGACACUGUAGGGGCCUGGCAGAGACCAUAGCCGAAUACCUAGGAGAAGAGAAGAAAGACUGGCUGCAGGAGAAUGAUGGAUGGGAGGGGUUCUGUAAGUUCUGCCGCAGUGCCAGAGAGGUGACCCAGGACUCCUCCAUGAAGACAGCUCUGUUUGCCGCUGCUGGUGUGGGCCUGGCAGGGCUCACCUUCCUCCUGGUGCGCUAGCGCCGCGCUCUGCGUCCCUGACAUGUCCUAAGUUCUUAUUUCAUUUGGCACAAUUCCAUAGGCAUUUUAAUAGCGAUACUGCAAAACGGGCUCAAUCUUGAAUUGUCAACGAAUACUGACAUUGUGUGACUUGCUCCAUAAGAUUGUUCAAAGCAAACGUCGAUGCCUUUCGUACAUUUAGGAGUGAGUGUCGUCAGUUUGUGUAUCUUUAGCUGAAUAAAGCACAGAGCUCAGCACACCGUUCACCCUUCUUUCAAGGGGUGUCAUCGAUUUAGCAGCUACAAAUAACUCAUCCCCACGGCUUUCGAUUUUUGAAAUUGUCAGUUGCCUUUCUCCAUGUGUUGAACUGAAUUGUGUAUGUAGUUAGAGCCAUUCUAGUGUAUAAAUUAAUAUAUUAUAUUUAUAUGAAUUAAAACUGUAAGCAGUGGCUCUUUCUUUUUCUACCUAGCCCAGAGCCGAUGCAGUUGUUUCAUUGUCUUACAUUCCUGUGAAAUGUGUGUGUGAUUUACAAGGUCAACAAAGCUGAUGACCACACAAUGGUGCUAAGAUAUGUUGCAUAAUGUUUCUCAGUCUACCAAACCAGGGACCAAUUGGAUUUAUUGCUAUUGAGACGAAUUAUGAAAUUCCCCCACAGAUCUGUCGAACAUUAUAUUUUUGCAUUGUUUGGUUUUAUUUAUUUGUCACAACUUUUGUAAUAAAAUUAGAAACGGUCA